AUGCUUGGAAUUGCGCUAUGUGAUUUUAUAUCUAUGAUAAUGGCAAUAAGCGUGAAGAAUAUUAUCACAAACUUCUAUCGCGAUGAGUGCACUCCGCCAUUGACUAUGUUCGUUUAUCGUUUAUUUUGGAUACUCAUGCAUUUCCGCGAUGACGUCAUAAGGUGUUCCACGUGGCUUGGAGUCCUAAUGGCUUGUAUUCGAUUUAUGGCUUUGAGAUUCGUAUCGAGACCAGGAUUCAAAAAAGUGUCCAACAUAUCAUUCGGAUUCUAUGCAACCGGUUUAAUUUUUUUGAUCAGUUCAGCGAUGUCCACAAUCAACUCGAUGAGAACUAAAAUUGUGGAUAUUGGACCUUGGACACCAGAUCCUAGUUGUCCAGAUAAAUCCACUGAAACAUGGAUUCUUCAUGAACUACGUGCAUCCGAUGCUUUCGCAGCUAACAAUGGAAUUCUUAGUCGCAUUACAAUGUUCAUUAACGGAUUAUUUUCAAGGGUAGAUAAUUCCAUGCAUAUUAUUACCAACUCUAACAAUUCUGUUGAUCUUAGAAAUCAAGAGGACACGACAGACAAUAUCAAAACGGAAAGAACGACUGCACUGGUUAUCUUCAUGGCUGUGACGUUUUUUAUAGCAUCUUUACCGGCUGGAAUAUUCACUUUAUUUCAAGUCAUGUAUACAGAUGUUGGCUUUUUACAUCUUUCAACUUUCGUCGAUCAUUUCUGUAAUGCAAUACUGACAGCAAACGCAUCGAUUCAUUGUGUUAUUUGCUUCACAAUGUCAUCUGAUUAUCGAAGAAUGGUUUUGGAAAUAUUGAGGAUUCGAACAAUCAGUUCUCACAUCUAUUUGAAUUUGUUCUUACUAACGGUCAAUAAUACAAACGAUUUGGCUCCAUCUGACCUUCAACUAAUAAAUGAAAACUUCCGAAUCUUGUCGCGUGUCACUAAUGCAAUCUCUUUUCAAGCUGCUGUUAUACGAAAAGAAGUUACCGUCCAUGAGUUUCUAUCAGAGCUCUUACAUGUUAAUGCAACAAGAUUUGAAUCGAUUGUGAAUGUUGACGUUAAAUCAGCAAGACUUGAGCUGGAUAGAAUGUAUGCAGAGUCGGAAAAGUACAAACGAAACAAGACAACUAUUGAUAUGAUGAAGAAAACUGUGGGAGAUGUGAAAUUCGUAGACGAAGUGAUGAAACACCUUAAUAGCUUCAGUGAACAAGUCGAAUCAAACCCAGGCGAUAUUGUGAAACUUGUAAAAGAGGAAAUUAAAAAUGUCAGUAAUCUGAACGUCUUCAACAACAGCUGCAUCAAAAUAAACGAGAAAACAGUCGAUGAAUUCCUUGAUCUUUUUGAUAGAAGGAAGGAAUCUCCAAUAGCAGCAAACAUGGCUGAAAGAAUCAAAAACUUUAUAAAACUCGUGAGUACAGGAGAUAUUCAAAAAUGCAUUGAAGUUCUGCCGGAUGUUGGAAGAGAGUUUCAAACUCUUUCAAUAUGGAAAGCAAACGAGAAAUACGAAGAAUUGAACGAGUUGAAAAAUAUUGUAAUGAAAUUCGCGACAGUGAUUAAGUUUUGGCGAGACAUCGCGGAUGAAAGAAUCGACAAAAUAAGAAAUGAGAUGAAAGCGACAAAGUCAAUUUGGAGUGGACCACAGUCUUCCAACCUACAAUCGCAAUACUAUAAAAACGUGAAAAGUGUUUUUAGAACAUUGCACAUGUCAGUUUCUGAAAAAAUAGAACAUAAGAACGAUAGAACUGAGCAACCAUUCGCAAACACAGCUGGAUUUCAAGAUACGAAAGAUUUAAUCAAAGUUUUGAAUGAUUUGAAAAGUCCAUGGUUUCAAAAAAAUAUUGCAAGAGGAUCCGACAUCAAAGCAAUCGCCGAUGCUCUCAAGCCAUUCCAAGAUAUAUCAAAAGAAGUUAUCGCGUUGGAGUCCAAAUGGAUUCAGUUCAUUGAUCAGACAGAUGUUUUGUUGGACGAUUCAAAUGUUGAAUAUCACGCUGAAAAAUUGAGAAACACCGCUGCCAUUGCAUCAAACCACCUAGAUCAUAUCAAAAUUCUGAAUGAUUCGAAACUAAUACUGCAAAUGUGUUUGGGAUCAACGAAGCCGGUCAACCUCAAUAACUUCAUUUUAUUUGAGAGUCAACAACACAAAAUAGUAGACUUUCUCGAUCGCAUUUCUGAGGCGAAGGAGGAAAUUUUUGAGUUAAUUUCAUUAUUGCUUCGGGGUUCCAAGUCUUAUGAAAAAAACUUCAAGACAGUAAAAGAUCGACUUUUGGAAUUUUUAAACAAGAAAAUGGACAACAGCACAAACGAAGCAAACGCAAUUAGGGAAAGGAACAGAUUUGAAAAUUCGUUCAAUAUAAUAAAAAGACAACGAGGAGUAGAUGUUCCGAAAGUUCUUGGCAGUGUUAUGGAGUUUUUGAAGACUAUGAAAGAAAUAAGAACUAAUUCUAAAAGUCUUAAUGUCAAGACAAAUGUGUCAAUAGGAGAAAUAUUAAAAGAAUCGAACAUGACAGUCAUCGCAAAGUGUAUGAGAGAAAAAGAAUUUCAAACUCAAUCGCUUUUGAAAACUGUUGAAAGUGUCAGAAGUGUUGGAAAAAUUCCUGGAAAAGAAGAUGUGGGGAGGAUUCAUGAGUACCUCAAAAGUCUAGAAAAGGUUCAAAAAACUCUUGAAUCUAUAGAUUCUCAUGUGAUGGCAAUGCAUUUGAAUCAAAAGUUGGAUGAAUCUGAUUUGAUUUUGUCAUUGAAAAAUUCAAAGUCAGUAUCGGAAACUAUUGGUCUUUGUACUCGAGCAUUGGAAAAUUUCGAGAAAGCACGUCUUAGUAAGAAGAGACUUCUGAGUGUCAAAUCGUUUUCAAAUGAUAUCAAUGGACUUAUUAUGGAUCUGGACUUGAAAAAUUGGGCAGACCAUCAGCAUGUUUUAUUGCAUAUGUUCAAUCAAUUGAACGAUGUGAAUAAGAUUGCAAGAAAAGUCCUAAACGAAAGUAUUUUGAAAAUGACAACGAUCUUCGAAAGAGCAUCUGAAGUUGAAGGAAUACGCGGGAGUCAGGAAACAUUGUAUCGACUAUACCGGAGCAUAAAUAAUACGAUUGCUUUGGACAGAGAUGUAGCAUUGAAGUACUUUGAAGAUGUUCUACCGCUCGAUUUGGAUUUUUCCAAAUACCAAGCUCAUCUGAAGAGUGGUCAUAUCUCAGUAACAUCUCUGAUGGAAUACUACGAUGAAAUUUUCGGUCAUUCAACAACAAAAGUUGUUGAGAAAUAUGUGGGGAUUUCGUGGAUUGCGAUUUUGGGUAUUUGUUUCGGACUACUUCUUUUGGUACUUAUCGGAAUGAUAGCGUUGUACGGACUCACUGAAAACGGAAAGACAAAAUACAAAAACUUGUAUUUAUACUACUUUGGAAAGCCAGCAGAUUUUGAAAAACGAUGGAGAUACUCUAAAUUCAUGGAUAAUGUCAAUGAUAAAAACUUGGUGCUGGAUGCGAUACGAGAGGGAAAUAAGACAAACUUGCUGAAAGCGUUGAAAAAUGGAGCUUACAUCAACGUUUAUAAUAUUUUUGGAAACACUGCACUCCAUGCUGCAACCAAACUUGGACAUCCAGAAUUAGUGGAACUUUUAAUCAAAAAUGGAGCCGAUCGGAAAAUGCUGAAUAUCAAGAACCGUACUGCUGAACAAAUGGUGCCUCCCAAUUAUCGAGAAACAGAUAAAGACAAAAUAGAACAAUUUGAAAAGAUUCAAACAGUUUACAAGAGACACAAAAAGAAGAACUACCGUAUCCGUGUUCCUCAGAUAUUCCCAUCACCUUCAUUUCACAUUUAUAUUGAAGAUAGGACAGAUGAUGCUUUGACUGAAAAGUUUAUGAAGCAAUUUUCAUCAAUUACGUCAGAUGAAAAACUUUCAACUACCACUCACUGUGUUGUGCAAACAGAUUCAACUGGAGUUCUGGAAACGGACAGUCUUGAUCUUCUUGUAUGGAUUUUUAGUGGAGUGAUUAUCAUGAAAGAGCAAUGGAUGACGGCGUGUCUGGAGAAUGAAUAUCUUAUUGAUCAGGAUUACAAGUAUUUGGUUGAAAAAGUGAAGUACAAGGGAGUCAUCUAUGAAUCUAUUCUCUCAUGGACUGAAGCUAUGGCCAAGUCAACUAUUCCUUAUUUGAUUGGUGUCUAUGUUGCAGUGGCAAUGAACUCGUGUGAGAACUUAAUGACUAUUUCUUCUCUUGUCUAUUCUCAAGGAGGUACAAUGAUGGACGUUUUCCCACUGAAAGAAAUGUUCACGAUAAACUCUCGUCCUUAUUUACAUGCAAAUCUCGGACCGAUUUUUUUGAUUGGUGAUGGUUCUAUGGACCUGACUCCUUACAAGAAUGAUCCAGACAACAUGUACACUGUGUUCACCGAGGAAGAAUUCAUCAUUUUCAUGCUGAAACGAGAAAUCAAAAGAGAUACGAAUCAAAACCCAAUGAGUUGUUUGAAAGCUGUUCAAUCAUGA